ACUCAGCAGUCAUGCGGGACAUAGUGUGUGCGCGCGCAAACAGAAAGACUGCUAGUUGCGGAGAGGCAGAGAGUAGGAGACAGAAAGCUGAAAGAGGUAGAACGGUGUCACGACACGAUACCCUACUGUUGGCUCUGAUUAUCCCAGAGGCUUAUUGUGAUCUUUCUCGUGUGCUCUGCUCUACCUUGUGGCCACUAUCUCCCCCGCUUUAUCACGCUAGCCAAAGAUGUUGCCACGUUUUUUCAGGCCGACCAUCGCCAUCGCCCAAAAUGGAGUCAAACAAUUCUCGAGCAGCUCCCAGCGUGAUGCGAAAGUGGCAGUUAUGGGUGCAAGUGGUGGCAUUGGCCAGCCACUGUCACUUCUACUCAAGGAGUCUCCAUUAGUUACAGAGUUAUCACUCUACGAUAUUGUUAAUACUCCUGGUGUAGCAGCUGAUCUUUCUCAUAUAAACACUGCCUCCAAAGUCAAGGGAUUCACAGGACCUGAUCAGUUAAGAGAUUCCCUAAAAGGUGUUCAGGUUGUUGUUAUUCCUGCUGGUGUACCUCGUAAACCAGGAAUGACACGAGAUGAUCUUUUUAACACUAAUGCAUCAAUCGUUCGUGACCUGGCCCAAGCUGUGGCUGAUGUUGCUCCAAAAGCAUUCAUUGCUAUCAUUUCCAACCCAGUCAAUAGUACUGUGCCAAUCGCUAGUGAAGUUUUACAAAAAGCUGGAGUAUAUGAUCCUAACAGGAUAUUUGGAGUUACUACUCUUGAUAUUGUUAGGUCAAAUGCAUUUGUUGGAGAGGCAAAAGGAUUAGAUCCUAAAAAAGUCAAUGUACCUGUUAUUGGAGGACACAGUGGUAUCACCAUCAUCCCUUUGAUUUCUCAAGCAACACCUUCAGUAUCUUUUCCAACAGAUCAAUUACAAGCUCUUACUGAAAGGAUUCAGGAGGCUGGUACAGAAGUCGUCAAAGCUAAGGCUGGCACUGGUUCUGCCACUCUAUCUAUGGCUUAUGCUGGAGCUCGAUUUGCGUUUUCUCUAAUUAGAGCUCUGAAUGGAGAAUCCAAUGUGAUUGAGUGUUCAUAUGUUAGGUCUAAUGUUACAGAAGCUAAAUAUUUCUCAACUCCAAUUUUACUGGGUAAAAAUGGAGUUGAAAAAAAUCUUGGACUCGGAAAACUCAGUAAAUUUGAAUCAAAACUUCUAGAUGCUGCUAUUCCAGAGCUUAAAAAGAAUAUUCAAAAAGGAGAAGAUUUUGUAAGUAAAAAGUAAGCGACAGUAUCAAAUGAUAUGUAAAUCAUUAAACAAGUACGUCUAAGAUGAAAAAAAAACUAAUAGUUUGGUUUUUUUAAUUAGAUAUAAUUCCAUUAUUGUUAAUUCACAGCAUGUAUGGUCAAUUCGAAAAUCAUGUAACAUCUUGUAAUAUAAAAUUGUUAAUUAAAUUGAUUACACAGACAUAGCGUACUU